AUGAGUCGUUCACAUACAACGUGUUAUUAUUUUAUUAAAAGGCAUUUCAAUACAAAACACAAACACGUGUUUGAAAUUUGCAUUAAAUUAUUUAACAUUGGAUCUGAUUAUCACUUAAUUUGACACCAAUUUAAUAAUAAAAAAGAGAGAGAAGUUUGUGACCAGACAUGGGUAAGGCUAAGAAACUGAAGCACUUGAAGGCUAUGAGGAAUCAGCCGUUGGACCAACAGAUCGAUGAUCACAAUGCCAUCAAACCGAAGGAUAGACAGAAAUUUAAGAAUAGAGACAAUUUGGACGAAAACAGUGGACAACAAAAGUACGUCGACCCGAAAUUGACGGCACGUAUUCUGAAGUCGGCCCGAAAACAACAGACAGAACUCGAAGAAGAAAUAGGUUUACAUGAAUCGGGAACUUCUGGUGGUGACAGUCGACAGAGAAAAGAGACAAAAGUGUCGUUAUUAUCUUCAAAGAAAAAUAGUGACACUGAAUCUGACAACGAGUAUGCAUCGGGAGAUGAAACGAGACUUAGCGGUGAUGACUGUUAUGAAGCCAUUGAGAUUACACCCGAAGACGAGAGAGCACUCGAAAUGUUUAUGAAUAGAGAUGAAUUCAAACGUAAGACUUUGGCCGAUAUUAUUGCCGAAAAAAUUAAAGAAAAAGAGACCGAAAUACAGACACAAUUGUCAGACGCAACCGGUAUUAAUAUUCACGACUUAGAUGACAAAGUUGUCGAUCUUUACAAAGGAGUCAAACAGGUUUUGUCUCGUUAUAGAAGCGGAAAAUUGCCCAAAGCUUUCAAGAUUAUACCAGGACUGGCCAAUUGGGAACAGAUAUUGCAAAUCACAGAACCCGAAAGUUGGACGGCAUCAUCAAUGUUGGCGGCCACCCGUAUAUUUACAUCAAAUCUAAAGGAACGUAUGGCUCAGCGCUUCUUUAAUUUAAUACUUUUGCCGCGACUUAGAGAUGACAUCGCAGAGUAUAAACGGCUAAACUUUCAUUUAUAUCAAUCAAUGAGGAAAGCCCUGUUCAAAACGGGUGCCUUUUUUAAAGGUAUAAUCAUUCCUCUCUGUGAAUCUGGUAAUUGUACUCUCAGAGAAGCUGUCAUUAUUGGAUCAGUGAUGGCCAAACAUCACAUACCACUUCUACAUUCGUGUGCAGCGAUGCUUAAAAUUGCCGAAAUGGAGUAUUCCGGUGCCAACACUGUUUUUCUGCAUAUACUGAUCAACAAAAAAUAUGCCCUACCAUUUAGAGUAAUUGAUGCAUUGGUUUAUCAUUUUCUACGUUUUGCAAAUGAAAAACGCCAACUACCUGUCCUCUGGCAUCAGUGCUUACUUGUGUUUGUACAACACUACAAACAGGACAUCUCGUCGGAACAAAAGGAGGCGCUUAUGGAACUUCUUAGGGUUCAAACACAUUAUCAGAUAACACCUGAAAUAAGAAAAGUGUUGUUAAAUUCAAAAGCCAGGGAUGAAGAGAUGGCCGAACCAUCCGUUGCAGAGACGGCAUCAGUCACUGAAAGCAUGACAUUUGAUGAAUAAUUAAUGUUUCAAUUAUUUUCAUAUUAUUAAUAAAGUAAAUAACAUUUAUUAAAAAUAUUAUUAAACUAAU